UUCAUAUACACAGGCAGUGUGUGAUUGGAUAGGAGUGCUAUGUGAUGUGUUACAUUGUAUACAUGAUAAUGAGGGUUGUUGUGUCAGGGGAAAGCUGUGUGCCUGGCUGGGGGGACUUACCACCUAUUCAGGCAAUAAAAGCAAAAGUACAGAGGAAGCUUUGUAAAGAUGGAGCUGAAAGGCACAGCCAGUCUUAAUGGAACUCCCGUAGAAGAAUAUAAAUAUUCCAAUGAAGAUUUUCUCAUCCCAGGCAGCACUUGGCAGGAAAGAAGAGAGCAUACAGACAAUAAAGAUUUCCUUUCUGCAUUUGAUAAAACUCUGAGAUCAAAAUGGACAGAGAAAAUGGAGCAAGGGCUCUUCCGCUACCCGCUGCGGCGCUUACAGACAAGGAUCCUGCCUGGGGGAGUGAAAUAUGUUGCACAGCUGAACAUCAAGAGAGGUAUAGAGCGGAGGAAACCUCAGGACAUUAGAAGCAUCAAAGAAAAAUUCAAUCCCAGCCAAUUUAAUUUUAGUAAAAUUCGUUCGGAGGAAAUUUUGUUAGAAAUGUUCAGAUCACCUCUAGAGAAGGGUGCUGGCAAUGAGAGCCUACAGAGGAAUGGCGUAGUUCCAGACAGGUCUGUGAAGAAAGACUGGCACAGCCGAACUCUCGUUGUCAUCAAUGUCAGCCCCCUGGAGUUCGGCCAUGUCUUAUUUAUUCCAGAACCUUCUCUUUGUUUGAAUCAGGUCCUGAUCCCCGAUCUGGCGCUGUUUGGGAUGGAGUCCAUACUUCUUAGCGGCCAUCCUGGGUUCAGAGUUGGCUUUAACAGCCUGGGCGGGUUUGCCUCAGUAAACCAUUUGCACUUACAUGGGUUUUACCUGGAUGAAGAGCUUGUGAUCGAAUCUACGUCCUGCAAGCCUUUGUGUCCCGAUAGAAACUUCUACCUCCUGGCUGACUUCCCUGCUCCUGGCUUCUGCUUCUACACAGAUGGGAAGGACUUGGUGUCUGCAGCUCAGCGGGUAUGUGGAGCUACGGAUUAUUUUGUAGAUAGAAACAUUGCACAUAACAUCUUUAUAACCCGAGGCUGUGACCCAGGACAUGCGGGCUGUCCGGAGUCUAGAGAGGGGAUCCGCGUGCUCAUCUGGGCAAGAAAGUCCUGUUUUGGAUCCAAGGAGGAAUCGGCAUUUAAUGUUGCACUUUGUGAACUUGCAGGGCAUUUACCAUUUAAAAACCAAGAAGACUUUAUGAAUAUGACGGAGGAGUCUGUUAUCGGCAUCAUUAAAGAGUACCUCUUCUCGGAGGAGGAGUUCAGGAUUCUGUCUAUGGGAUUAGUAGAACAUUUAAAGCAGAAGUAAAGGCAAAAAUACUUACCUGUGUUACAA